UCGUCCACUCUCCAGUCGUUUUAAAUCUUCAUCUCUCAGAAGCACUUGACGGAUGGCUGCCUCUUCCUCAGCAGAUAGAAAGCUCAAGUCAAUCAAUUCCAGUGCACUUUUUGAUUGUUUCAUCCUGGUCAAUAAAAACAAACGCUUUCCAGCAGCAGAGAACUUUUCCCCAAGGUAUACUGAUGGCGCAGGAUCAUCCUUAACCUGUUUGGGAUCGUGGCAGUACGUGAAGAUGGCGACGGGGACGGGCUGGCAGCCGCCGUACAGCGCUGCUCCGGGCAUCAAUCCUCCCGCCGCUGCUUCUGCUUCUGGAUCAGGCACCAGUCCGUCCUCCACAUCCAGCCAUUUACUCUACGAAUCUGCGCUGACCAUGGAAUACACUCAAGAUCUGCACCUGAAGAUGAGUAAAAAAAUAUCACAGCUCACCAAGGUCAUUUAUGCCCUCAACACAAAAAACGACGAGCACGAAGAUGCCAUCCAAUCUCUGAAGGAGGCCCACGAUGAGGAGGUUCAGCACAUCAUGACAGAGGCUCGGGAGAAGAUCCUUCACUACAAGAGCAAGAUCAGGGACGAGGCUGACCUGAAACGGCGCCUGCAGUCCCUGGAGGAAUCCGUGGAGCUGCACGAACACAUGAAGUGCCAAGCGCUGGCCGAGUUCGAGAUGUACCGGCAGCGCGUGGAGGACACACAGCUGUGCAUGGAGGCCCAACACACACAACGCGUGGUCUCCAUGUCACGUGAAGUGGAGGAGAUGCGGCACGAGUUCGAAGAGAAGCUACACUCCUUCAGUAAGGUGCAAGCCCAGUUUGAACAGGAGAAACGGCAGGCAUUGGAGGAGCUCAAGUCGGUCCACCGACAGGAAGUCCAGGAGCUACUGCAAAGCCAGCAGAACCAGAGUGCGUCCUCCAGCCUGGAACAGGAGAAACUGGCCGAGCUGCACAGUACGGAGCUGGAGUCGCUCAUGGAGCGCGUGGAGGAGCUGAUGCAGGACAAAGUCCGACUGGUGGAGGAAUACGAGGCCAAGAUGUCCAAGGCUCAAGGGUUCUAUGAACGCGAGCUGGAGGCCAUGAGGCGAACGCAGCAGCUCACCACAGAGAACUUGCUGGCCUGGAAGAGGACGGAGGUGGAACUGAGGAAGGAGUUUCAGGUGCAGGAGUCAGCUCUUCAGAGGACCCUUUGUAAACUCCGUGCUGAACUCCACAGAGCUCAGGACGAGGCGCGAGAAAGCAGGGACAAGACCAACAGACUGCAGGCAUCUCUUAACAAUGCAGAAGUCACAAUUAAGGAGUUACACAAGCAGCUGGAAGAGGCCAUACAGGAUGGAGAGAUUUGGGUGAUGCAGCUGAAAGAUACAGAAUAUGAGCUGGAGGGAAGCAGAGAUCGAGUUCAGCAGCAGGCCAAUGAAAUCCUUCACAAAGCCAGUCAGAUAGGCUCUCUUCAAGCAACCCAAAUGAGCCACGAGGCCACUAUCAGGGAUCUGGGCUCCGAGCAGAACCGCCUGAAGGAGAAGAUCCUACAGCUGGAGGAGGAGAGAGAAAGACUUCAGAAACAGAUUCAAACACUGGAAGAACAACAGCAUCAGAAGAUCCUCAACUUGGAGAAGUCGCUUUGUGAGGAAAAGCAGAACUAUGAGAUGGAGCUGGCGCGAAUCAGGGCCAAAUACGAGGAGGAAACGGCCUGUCUGAAAGAAAGCCAAGCAGAAUCCUUAGAAGAACUCAAGGAGAAACACCGAGUCCAGCAGGAAAGUGCUUGCAAUGUCGCUGAGAGAGAGAAGAACCAGUUGCUCAGUGAGAUGAGACAACAGUUUGAUAUCAGGCGUCUGUCAUUGGAAGAGCAGAGAAACCACCUGCAACAGCAACUGGAGACCAUACGAGAGGAACUCACUACCAAGCUCAACAUGGCCAACCAAGAGGUGUCUCAUUUAAAGGACCUUGUGAAGGAGAGUGAAAAAAAUCUGGAUAAUGCUGAGAACCACAUCUCCUGUCUUAAAGACAGCCAGGAAAAACUUCUCAUGGAGCUGGACGCCACCAGGGCGAGAGUGAGAGAGACGAGCAACCUGCUCACGGAUAUACAAGAAGAGAUAGAGACCCAGAAACAGCAACAUGAAGCUAGGGUCAUCGCUAUCAAAACAGAGGAAAAACAGAAAAUGGACAAAAUCACAGAGGAGCUGGAUCUCAAGUGGACCGAUGCUCUGAGGGCUGAGCUGAAGGGUCUUCGGAUAGAGCUCACAGCUGAACAUCAGGCGGAGAAACAGGUGGCCCUGACACAACUUUCCCAGCAGAGAGACCUGGAGAUGAUGGCAGCCAGGGAGAGCUGGCAGAGGAAGGUGGAGGACCUCCUGGAACAGAUCUCUCUGCUGAAGCAGAGCCUGGAGCUACAGAUGUCGCAGUCGAAAAGCGCGCUGCAGCAGUUGCAGGCACAGUUCAGCCAAGAGCGCGAGCACCUGGCACAGCAGAUGCAGGAGCUGGCUCUGGAGCAUCAGCACAGAGAGUGCUGUCUACAGGAAGCCCACUGCUGCGCCAUGCAGGACAUGGAUGAAGCGCAACAAAUUGAGCUUAGGGAGCUUGAGGAUCGUCUAAACCAGGAACAAAGAGAGGAGUUACACGCUUUGAGAGAUGCCCACAGACAGACCCUGGAAAUCCUUCGGCAGCAGUCGGACCAGGAGCUGCAGACGCUGCGCUUUGAGCUGGAGGAUGAGGGCAAAGCCAUGCUGGCUUCCCUGCGGUCUGAGCUCAAUCAUCUCCAUGCCAGUGCCAUUGAACACCUGCGACAAGUCCAUUUGAAGGAGAACAAUGCUGCCAAACGACAGCUGGAUGACACUAUUGAGCGCUGCAAAGAACAUUCGAUAUAUCAUGAAAUGCAUUCGCUCAAUGAGACCAUCAGCACCUUGACCAAGGAGUUGGAGCUCAAAGUGAAAGAAGUUCUGAGGGUGCGCAGUGAGGCCAAUAUGCAGAUCAGGGCUCAUGAACAGGAUCUCUCUAAGCGCCUCGAGAGGGAGAUUGACGAGCUGAACGCUUCUCAUAACAGAGAGACCCAGAUCAUGCUGUCAGAUUUUAACAAAGCUCAGGAGCUGCUAAAAGACAAGAUCUCUGCUCUGCAGAUUCUGUUGAAAGGUACGGAGGAGAAGUUCAGGAAUAGAGAAAGCCGACCAGAGGACCUCCAGGUGAUAGCUGAGCUCAGAGAAAUGGUGUCCGAGAGAGAAACUCUGGUCAAGAAGCUUGUGGAUGACAAGAAGUUUUAUCAACUGGAGCUGGUGAAUCGAGAGCCUGGAUUCAACAAGGUGUUCAACACCAAUCCCAAUGUUGGUGUCAUAAACCCCCUUAUAAAGCAUAAGAGUAGAAAACCUGCGAACACUUUCGCCAGCUCUCCGAACCUAAGCGUUGUUGCGGUGGAAGGGAUGGUGGGCGGCUCGGUUCUGCCUGCUUGCCUAGAGUCUGUCCCCAACUCCCCCAUUCACCACCAUGAGCUCAGGUCUAACAAACCUCUGCCCCCUCCAACCCCUCAGCCACAGGCCGACUCCACCCGGAGCCCUCGUAAGACUGAGGAUUCAACUGUAGCAUCAAAAGAACAGCAACCACAAGAGCUAUUUUCACAGUACUUCUCCUUUUAAAUUUUUCAAGACACUCAACUGAAGAGCAUGCGAAACUGCAGUUUUCAAUAGCCCAUUUGUCUGUUCUUGAUAUCUCACUGUGAGUUUGUUAUUUUCCCUUUUGAUAUGGGCAUUUACUUGAUUUAAAAUGAGAUGCACAUUAAUUUCAUAUAAUAUUCAUAAAUGUGUCUUUUCUGGAUGGACUAAAACUGUUGGAAUACUAAUGUCUUGCCAGUUUUGAAAUAAAUUGC